AUUGCUGGUUGCCUACACGAGCCAGCUCACAGCCAAAGAACUUCCUGUCCUCCUCACACAGACCGCGCUUUAAAAAAAAACCCAGAGCUUUUACAAAUAAACAAACAGACAGAACAAAAACAAAGAGCUGCAACUCAAGUCUAAAGUCAGGCGACUUUUAAGCCUCCAAACCAAAGGAGGGGUGUGACAGAGAGACAGGCAGAGAGACAGGCAGAAGAAUAUUUGCAAGUGAAGGAGCAGCACCAUCAAGGUGUUCAAAAUCACACUUUGAGAGGAGUUCCAAGUUCCAGCAGCAGCUAUGACUCAACGCAAUGGAGAGAACCCUCAGAGAACCCGCAGAGGUCUGGGACGCAUCCAGGAUGGGAUCCGCUCUCAGUGUCUGCUGGCCAGGAAGAGAGUGCAGAGCAUCACAAAGGACGACAUGAAGAGAUUCUUCAUGAAAAAUGCCUUUGUGAUAUUAACUGUUGCUGCUGUUAUCUUUGGUAUAAUCCUGGGAUUUUCUCUGCGGCCUUAUAAGAUGACUUACCGUGAAGUGACCUUCCUGGCUUUUCCUGGAGAGCUGCUCAUGAGAAUGCUUCAGAUGCUGGUGCUGCCCCUGCUGGUUUCCAGUCUCAUCACAGGUAUGGCGGCUCUGGACAGCCGUGCCUCUGGUAAAAUGGGUAUGAAGGCAGUGAUCUACUACACCACCACUACCGUCAUUGCUGUGUUCAUUGGCAUCGUCAUGGUGCUCAUCAUUCACCCUGGGAAAGGAUCGAAGGAUGAGUUCACUAAGCAGCAGGUAGUGGAGAAGGUCAGCCCUGCGGAUGCCUUCCUGGAUCUUAUCAGAAAUAUGUUUCCUCCAAACCUUGUUGAAGCUUGCACCAAACAAUUCAAGACACAGUAUGUGAAGAGAGUGGUCUAUGUGCAGAUGACGGUGAAUGACACAAUAUUCACACUCAAUGGUAGCCAGCAGUUUACCCGCGAGGAGAUGAUUCCUGCACCGGGCUCAGUAAAUGGAGUUAAUGCUCUAGGCCUGGUGGUGUUUUCCAUGUGCUUCGGUCUGAUCAUCAGCAGCAUGAGGGAACAGGGAAAACCCCUCAAAGACUUCUUUGACUGUCUCAAUGAAGCCAUCAUGAGGCUGGUUGCCAUCAUCAUGUGGUAUGCCCCUAUUGGUAUUUUGUUCUUGAUUGCUGGUAAGAUUGUGGAAAUGGAUGAUAUUUCCUCCAUGGGAGGCCAGUUGGGAAUGUACACGGUGACAGUCAUUUGUGGGCUGCUCAUCCACGGCAUGUUUGUCCUGCCACUGCUCUACUUCCUCAUCACGAGGAAAAACCCUGUCGUUUUCAUCGCAGGGCUGUUGCAGGCACUUGUCACCGCCCUGGGAACAUCCUCCAGUUCGGCCACUUUGCCCAUCACAUUUAAGUGUCUGGAGGAAAACAACAACGUGGACAAGCGUGUAACCCGCUUCGUGCUUCCCGUCGGCGCUACAAUAAACAUGGAUGGUACGGCUCUCUAUGAAGCCCUGGCAGCCAUUUUCAUCGCUCAGGUCAAUAAUUUAGACCUUAACUUUGGACAGAUUCUCACCAUCAGCAUCACAGCCACAGCAGCCAGCAUUGGAGCAGCAGGAAUUCCACAGGCAGGACUGGUUACCAUGGUGAUAGUGCUAACAUCGGUUGGUCUGCCCACUGAUGACAUUACGCUCAUCAUUGCUGUCGAUUGGUUCCUGGACCGAUUGCGCACCAUGACUAAUGUCCUCGGAGACUCAAUUGGUGCAGGUAUAGUGGAGCACCUGUCCCGCCAUGAGUUGCAGAAGAAGGACCCCGAGGUGGGCAACUCAGUGGUGGAGGAGGCAGACAAGAAACCGUACCAGCUCAUCCGCCAGGAGAACGAGUAUGAGAACGAAAGGCCUUCUGACAGUGAGACCAAGAUGUAGAGGCAAACCUUUUUCCUUCCCAUGGGUGAAUACCUUCUUAGAAAAAUCAACCGCACUGCAUUGAACCACAUUAUAUCUUCUUAAUUUGCAAGCCUACGCAUUACAUGAUUGGAGGGUUCAAAGUAAACUGAUGCACAGCUAGGAUUUCAGCCAAGUAAGUUCCACUACAUCCAAGGCUUUUAAUGAUAUAUAGUACCAAUUGAAGUGGUUCAUGCUGCAUUGUUUUUCUAAGGGUUGCUGAUGGGUUGCUGAUGAUACGUCCUAAGUGUACUACAUGUGUCUGCCAUGGGGAGGCAGCUGUUUACGAGUGAAAAUGUACUGCUCUAAACCCUGGUGGUCUGUGGCCUACAUGCAAUAUCCAACCUCUUUUAGAACUGUGAUGACUGGUCUUGCCCACGAGAGGCCAGUAUUGAUCUAGGUCUUUACAGCACAGCAGAUUACAGUCCAUACUUGAACAGUUUUACAGCUUUAUACAGAAAUGUUUUUGCCGUCAUACUUGCUGCUUUUCUAUUGUUUGAAGAAGAGAAAGGGAAAUCUUUUCCUGCAGACUGACUGGAAAGUGUUGUAUAUCAUGCAGCUACACUGGAGGAACCAGGCCAAUGUCUAUGGGGGUGGGUUUAAAAAGCUACAUGUAAACAAACUUCAGUAGCAUCAUCUGUGGCAAUAUUUUUCAAAUAUAGUAUAUAAGCUUCAACUGGAUGUGUGGUGUCACCCACUUUUAUCCCAUGACUGCACAAAAGCAGUUAAUGCUGUCAGGGUCUUGGCAGAUAGUGUCACACAUAUUCUUCAACAAUCAUUAAGAGUGAUGAACCAAAAUCUCUACAUUUGCAAAUGUGCUCAUCUGAGAAUUGAUUGUUGUCCAAUCAGAAUGAAGCCAUUCGAUUUCAACCAAAAGAAAGCACCAAAAUAUUAUCCAAAUUUACCAGUACCCAAAAAACAAAUCACUAACCUGCACAGUAAUGCAGUACCAUUUUGAUAGGCCGACAUAAACCAUUGUGAAUCAAUUCUUCGUAGGCCCUCAAAAAUGAGAAUAGAACCAAAAGUUACAUCGUUGAAACUUUCACGUGUCAAUUUCCUGACAAUAUUUCAUACACAAAUUAUUUGUUUUAUAUUCAUUUCUAAAAUGGUAGUCAGUGGGUUGGGUAUACAAUGUUCAAAUGUCCCUUGAUUUUUAUGCAACUCUUUAUUAUUUUCACUUCAGCCUCCAUUAGUUGUAGAUAAUAAAACCUAACAAUUUGAUUUUAAUAUGGAUGCAUGUAUGGAUUUCACUAUCGUCUUUUACUAUAGCAAGCUGGAAUUUGUAAGUGCUGUUUUGUACUUGAAUUAAUUCAGUAACAAAUGUAGCAUUAUAGGAGAUUUUCUGAAUAUACCGUACUUGUAUAGAGAACUGUAGAUAACAUGUACAUUAACUGUGGAUUUAAAUUGUAAAUUGUUACUUGGUGAUUGUGUACGUACAUAUGCUGUAACCGUUCUCUUAUCAAACACCAAACUAACAAUUCUUGUCAUUCCUGUCAUGAAUUCAAAACUGGAUGAUUUAAAGGUCUGAGUCCUUCACACGAGGAAACAGAAUAGUUCCUUUGUUUACAGCUGCCGUUGUUUCUCUCAUGAAUUCAGACUGAAUAAUAGUUGUAGUUUUAUUUCGCAUGGAUGAUUUUUUUUUUUUUUAUUAAAAAAUAAAACCAGUGGUUGUUUUUU